GUGAGCAUGAGCUGCCAGCUGAACGAGGUGCAGUCCUUCUGUCACAGAGUGGCCUGGGUCAGGGUGCAUCCCGUGAGUGGAAUAACAGACGUUCUGCAGGACAAGCUUCAUCAGAAUAAAGAGCAGCCGGAAUCCUCGGUGUGUCGCUUUUCCAUCCACGGCGCGACGGUGCAAGACUCGGGCAUGUAUUACUGCAUCGCUACAGACCGUGAGCAUAUGUACCUUGGGAACGGCACGGCUGUUACUGUGCAAGCUGAUAACGCCGUGAUGCCGUCUAUUGAUAUCAUGGCUUUUGCCAGCAGCAAGAACCACGGCUCCACAGUCACUCUCCAGUGUGCGGUCGGAGGAUUUGCUUCAUCACAGGUCCAUGUGCACUGGCUCAUAGGGAGCAGGAAGGACAAUGGACGCGCUUUCUCUGUUUGGGAAGAAGGUGAAGAGGUCUCUGUGAAAACUCAUAAUUACGCGGCAGUAUCGGCUGAGGAGUGGAGGACAGGAGGAGCUUGCACCUGCGUUGUGAAGUUCAGCGGAUGGAUGUUCAACAAAACUCUGCAUUAUCAUGAUAUCCAGGACACUUGCUAUCCUCUUGUCAGUGUAAGCAGAAUCUUUGCACUUGUGACUGCUCUGCUCUUUUUAACUACCUCAGCAAUUUUAGCAGGACGCUUGUGAACCAGAAAUGGUGUAUUUGAUCCGAAACCAUCAAAACAAAUGUUGAUUUGCUACAAAUAAUGCUUUCACACCCCAAUAACUCAUAACACAUGUACGAUUUAGCAAAAUGAGUUUGAACAAAGUCGGACAAAUUAGGCACCUUGUAAAAAUUUGUAUGAAUUACCAUGAGAUCGGGCUGGUUACCAAGAAGUUACAUUUACCCUCGUCUUUAAAUUUUUUUUCCUUCUGUAAUAGUGGCGUAUGAGUCCCUCAGUUGUCCUCGUUGUGAAAAGAUGAAUCUCAAAAUCAUAUCGUUGUACGGUCGUUGUCAAAUACACGAAAUUCCUGUAGGACCUGAAUGAUUUUUCUGUAGAAUAGCUGGCCGUUUAACUGUUUACUACAAACAAGGGAGACGUGAACAGCUAUCACUAAAAAAACACAGGUGUGGAUGAUGAUAGCGGCACAGUAUUAAGAAUCAAGCGUAUGUAAAGUUUUGAACAGGGCGCUUUUUAUAAAUGUAACUGUUAUUUUCUCACGUGGACUAUAUGUAAACAUCUUUUAUGUGAAAUAUCUAAUUCAGGUCAGUACCAAAUGAACAAUAACAUGAUCCCUGAUAUUUUGGUUAAUAAUUAAACUAGUAAUUUAAUAGUAAACUAUGUAGACUUCAACUGUAGCUGUAUAAAAUAUGAAAAAAAUUUAAAACUAGUAAAUGUGUCUUUUUCAAUAUA